AAAUCGUUUAUCUAAAGCAUCGAUUUUUUAAGGCGUCGAGUGUAAAAAAGUUUCAGCGCGGCGGAGCCAUGGUUCUCAAGACUGAGCUUUGCCGAUUCAGUGGCCAAAAAAUUUACCCUGGCAGAGGAAUCAGAUUCAUCAGAUCCGACUCUCAGGUGUUUUUGUUCGCCAACUCCAAAUGCAAGAGGUACUUCCACAAUAAGUUGAAGCCAUCGAAGCUAUGUUGGACUGCCAUGUACAGAAAACAGCACAAGAAGGACGCUGCUCAAGAGGCUGUGAAGAGGAGGAGACGUGCAACCAAGAAGCCUUACUCAAGGUCUAUCGUUGGUGCUACUUUGGAGACUAUCCAGAAGAAGAGAGCAGAGAAGCCCGAAGUCCGUGAUGCGGCCAGAGAAGCUGCUCUACGUGACAUCAAGGAGAGAAUCAAGAAGACCAAGGACGAGAAGAAGGCAAAGAAGGUCGAGUUUGCUUCUAAGCAACAGAAGUCUCAAGUGAAAGGCAAUAUCCCCAAGGCUGCAGCUCCCAGAGCUUCUAAGAUGACUGGUGCUGGUGGCAAACGUUGAGUUGCGUUUUAUUGUCGCCACUCAUCAUAUCUCUUCAAUUAUCAUUCUUACUUGUUUCGACUUUGUUUUGUCAUCAGUUUUUUAUUUUUGUAGUUUUUUUUACCUAUCUGAUAUAUUAUUGUACUCGAGAUUUUUCUGGAGGCUUAUGAUUUUUUUUAUCAGCCAUCUUUUAUGUUUUUUGCUUUAAUCUUGAUAUCUGAAAACUGCCGAGUAAAAUUGAGAAUUUGGCUGUAGUUUGAUUAGUACAUGACUGGACGAUGGUUAAGCAAUUAAAAAGAGUUUAACUGA